AGGUGUGCUCCGCCUUUGGCAACGUCGGCCUGUCGAUGGGCUACUCGCUCGAGAAUGAGCUCUCCGACGUCCGCCCGAGUACGCCGCAGUGGUUCAUCGAUUCGCUGCCGCCCGGCGAGGUCGGCCUCUCGUUUUGCGCGGGCUGGCCGCCCGUCGCCAAGGCGAUGCUGGUCGUGGUGAUGAUCUACGGCCGGACGAGGGCGCUGCCACAGCAGGUCGCCCGUCGAGCUGCUCCUCAACCCGGGCGGCGAGCGCGACGCGAGAAGCGACGAGCUCGACUCGACUCGCGCGCGCGGCUCGUGGCUCUUCUCGCAGGCCGACUUGCGCAGCUUGUGCCGCUCGAGCCACGCCUCUGCGAGCAGCAGCCUGCACAGCAGCCUGCACGACUCCUUCAAGGCGUCGAGCCGCGUCUCGCACCGCCUCCCCUCCCUCGAGCGCCUCCUCACGCCACGCGGCGCCUCGCGCGCCGCCGCCUCUCCGGCCAUCUACGGCUCGCUGAGUGCGCCCGCGGCGGUCGAGGCAGAGAGGGGCGCCGCCGCGGCGCCGACCGCCGCCGAGGCGAAGGCGGCCGCGCCCAGUCGAGUGCGCGAGGCGCUGCCGCGCGUGACGGAGCGUUCGUGGUGGGACUUCUCUGGCCGCUCCUCUGCGCGACCAGAGAGCGCAGCCAGCCAGUCCGAGGCCGCCGGACGCCACUCCCACGCCGCGAGGCUCGAGCCCGAGGCCGCGAUCGAGGAGGACGAGGAGGAGGACGAGGACGACGACGAGGCGCCGGGGCAGGCGCCGGCGGCAGCAGGGGGGCUGCGCCACUACCUCUCCCAGUUCACUGGCCUUGGCUGGCUGAGACUUGCCGCCAGCCCCGCCGCCGCCGCGGUCGCGACCGACGCCGGCCGCGGGGAGCAGCAGCUCUACGACGGUGUCGGCGUGAGCGGCGAGCGGCCCGGCUCGUCCAAGGUCGUCACUCUCGGCGACUUGGUGAAUGCAGACAUCUCGGACGAUAGCAGUGCCUACAGCUCGGCGAGAGGCUCGGCGCGCCAGUCUCAGACCAGCAGAGAGUUGGUCUAGUUGGGUCCCGGGUUGUGACGUGUCUGAUGAUGAUGUCUCGAGACGAUCGUGGGGGUCGAGACUCGAGAGACGGGUGUUGCGGGGUACGUCUUACGUCCGCGAUACACCAUCGCGCAUCGGCGUCGCGCGGCACGGGCAGAAAUAACGAGAAGCGACGUGUGCGGUACACGGAGCCUGUGAGCCACGGACGCGGAAUCCAUGU